GGGAAGUCUCUAAAGUCUUUCGAAAACUAUUAAAAAUGGAAAACACACCACCUUCUUUGCUUGUUGUCCAAUUCAAAAAUCAACCUAGAAGAUCCGGGAGAUUCUGGAUGAAAUCUGCCGGAUCUUGCUUUCCAAACUGUCAGAUUUUCCAAAAGGAUUUUGCCCAUCUUCCCUAUAUGGCCAACCAUUUAAAACUCACCUCCCCAUUUCUUCUUUCUCUCCAUUCUCAUCCUCAUCCUCAUCCUACAACAUUCUUCUGCUUCACAUCUUUCUUCUUCGUCUUUGUUCUUUGCUUUGUUGAAUCACAUCUUUAUCUAGUUAUGGGGAUGGUUACUGAGGCCCAGUUUCAUGUUCUUGCUGUUGAUGACAGCCUCAUUGAUAGAACGCUCAUUGAAAGGCUUCUCAAGACUUCUUCUUAUCAUGUUACUGCAGUUGAUUCUGGAAGUAAGGCUUUGGAGUUUCUUGGAUUGAAUAGCAGUCAUGAAGAUGAACAGAGGAAUCCAAGUCCUGCAUCUGUUUCUCUUGAUGAGGAUCAACAUCAGCAAGAUGUGGAAGUCAACCUGAUCAUCACUGAUUACUGCAUGCCAGGAAUGACAGGCUAUGAUCUCCUAAGAAGAAUCAAGGGAUCUUCAUCUUUCAAAGACAUACCAGUUGUCAUCAUGUCUUCAGAGAAUAUCCCAUCAAGAAUUAGCAGAUGCUUGGAAGAUGGAGCUGAAGAGUUCUUCUUGAAGCCAGUACAAUUAUCAGAUGUAAACAAGCUUAGGCCUCAUCUGAUGAAAGGAAGAUCUAAAGAAAUGCAACAAAACAUUAACAAGAGAAAGGGCAUGGAAGAGAUUCUCAUCCCUGAUAGAACAAGAACAAGAUACAAUGAAUUGGAAGUGGUCUGAUCAGCAAAUUAAUUAAUAGGAAUUACUUUCUCAGAAAAAGUUUCUUGAUUAUCUCUGGUUUUCUAUUCUUUUUUCCCCUUUGACUCUUUGCUUAUACAGAAUCAAUGUAUAGGAUUUUGGUUUCGUCUCAGACAAGAGAGAAAGCUACCUGUCAUGUUUAGGGUUAUGGAAUAUAGGUUGCACUGUAAAAUACCAGAAGGAAAAAUAUAACUCAAUUUUGUUGGUUCAUUAA